CUGCUGCGCUCCAGCUCUGGCUGCACUCCGCUCGUAAGCUAGUAAGUCAGAUCGCCACAGCCGUUCGUGUGCGGGUCAACGCCGACUUUCUUCAUUUCCAGCACUCUGAUCUAAUGGGAACACUCUUUGUAAAUGCGUUUUAAGAAUUCUUGCUUGGGAGAAGUACACACUGGCCCUGGCCUUGAGGCUUAUCUGAAAGGAUUCAACUUCACUGGUGAACCUCCUUGGCUGUCCGACAUCUGUUAGCCACAUUAUACUAUUAUACUUCCAUCUCUUCCAUUCAUCUGUUUCUUGACCUUUUGACACCAUGACCACUUUGACUGGAUCAGACUUUGACUUCACCUUCCUGGAGGAGGGGUUCUGUGCCCGUGAUAUCGUGGAGCAGAAGAUCAACGAGUCAUCACUAUCAGAUGACAAAGAUGCCUUCUAUGUGGCCGACCUGGGUGACGUCCUGAAGAAGCACCUCCGUUGGUUGCGCGUUUUACCCCGUAUCACACCGUUCUAUGCAGUGAAGUGUAAUGACAGCAGGGCUGUCGUCACGACACUGGCGUCUCUGGGAGCCGGGUUCGACUGUGCGAGCAAGACUGAGAUCCAGAUGGUGCAGUCUGUGGGUGUGGAGCCAAGCAGGAUCAUCUACGCCAAUCCCUGCAAGCAGGUGUCUCAGAUCAAAUACGCCUCUGCUCAUGGAGUGCAGAUGAUGACGUUUGACAGUGAAGUGGAGCUCAUGAAGGUGGCACGAUGCCAUGACAAUGCCAAACUGGUUCUCCGUAUCGCCACUGACGACUCCAAAGCCGUGUGCAGGUUAAGUGUGAAGUUUGGCGCCACGUUAAAGUGCAGUCGGCUGUUGCUGGAGAGGGCGAAGGAGCUCGGGCUGGAUGUGAUUGGAGUCAGUUUCCAUGUGGGCAGCGGUUGCACUGAUCCUGAGACGUACAGCCAGGCAAUCUCAGAUGCACGCUUUGUUUUUGACAUGGGGGCGGAGCUGGGAUAUAACAUGACCCUGCUUGAUAUUGGCGGAGGCUUUCCAGGCUCUGAUAACACCAAACUGAAAUUUGAAGAGAUCGCUGCUGUGAUUAACCCUGCACUUGAUAAAUAUUUCCCUGUUGACUGCGGUGUGAGGAUCAUUGCUGAACCUGGCCGCUAUUAUGUAGCGUCUGCUUACACGCUGGCUGUCAACAUCAUUGCCAAAAAGGUCAUCAUGAAGGAGCAAUCGUCCUCAGACGAAGAAGAGGAUGGGGCCAAUGACAGAACCCUGAUGUACUACGUGAACGAUGGUGUUUAUGGUUCCUUCAACUGCAUUCUGUAUGACCAUGCGCAUGUCCUGCCAACUCUGCACAAGAAACCCAAGCCCGACGAGUGCAUGUACCCAUGCAGUAUUUGGGGCCCGACCUGUGAUGGGCUGGACCGGAUUGUGGAGCAGUGCAGCCUGCCUGACAUGCAGGUGGGCGACUGGCUGCUGUUUGAGAACAUGGGUGCCUACACUGUAGCCGCAUCUUCCACCUUCAAUGGCUUCCAGAAACCCGAUAUCCAUUACAUCAUGUCCCGCACAGCCUGGCAGUGUAUGCAGCAGAUCCGUGCUCGCGGGAUUCCACUUCCUGCUGAGGAGCUCUGCACUGGAAGCGUGCCAUCCCACUGUGGACACGAGAGCACAUUGGAUGUGCCAGCCAAGCCAUGCCCUACCCAAGUGCUGUGAUGCUCUUCAACACUGACUACCAGAGCGAGAGCGAGUCCCCAUUCAGACAGCGGUUUAUCAUAGUUCUCCACCGAUUUACACCCAAAUUUCUAUUCUAAAUGCAGCUGUUUUUCCUCCGUUUGUAUAAGUUCCAAAUGCUCAAACCUGAAAGACGCACAAAAAUGCUCACAGUCCUGUGGCUGUGUAUUUCUUUCUUUUUUUUUUUGCCAUACUUGUAAGAUGAGGCCAGAUUCUUAACUGAAAUGGCUGCUUUUCAAUCUUUGAAAAUCUUACCCUUCACACAGACUCGUACAGAUUUCCUCCUCAGUGACCAUUUCCAUUUUAUACUUGAUUAGUAAGUUAAUUUUAAUAUUAUUAUUGACCUGAAAUGUAUGCCACUGAUGCAUUUGAAAUGGA